AAUCAGUCGGACGAACUGCUUUUUACGGUGCAAUUCGAUAGAAUUGGUUCCCUCUCUGCGUCCAAAUUGGAUAUCAUUUGGGAGUCCUUGUAAGUGUUGCAUUAUGAACGAUUACCGGAUGUAUGCGUACAUCUCCGAGCCCGUGGAGUUUCGUCAAUUGGAGGGCAAAUCCAUUGAUUUUCGCAAGACAUUUGAUUUGCGUGGCCAUGGAACCGAUGAAAUGCUUCAAUUAUAUCUCCGUAAAGCCAACCUGUCCGAUGACAUUGAACGACUGCCUGCCCUGCAGAGAAGGGCCUACGUUUACGACAUAAUUAGGAGCAAUAAGGGGCCCGGCUAUUGGGUGCCACCUUCUAUGCAAGUGAGCAGCAACGUAUUUGCUCAUCCGCCACCAGCAGUACGCCCACCGCCCCAAGUAGCCAAUUCCAUUGAGAGCAAUAUGAGCAAUUCCUCCUCCUCGAACAGUUUGUACAGCUAUGGAGGAGCUCAGGCAAAUGAAACUAUGCCCGGGCCGAGUUUUGCCACCAGUGUAGUUGUUAGCAACAAGGGAUCAAAAUAUGAGAUUAGCGGACCAGUCAAUUUCCAACAUGUAUCCGGGGAUGUGACCCGCGAUAGAACACGAAAUGCCUUCGACCUGAAUGCUGGUACCAAUGAUAAUGUGCUGAAGAAGUAUAUGAUGGAGCGUGGCAUAACUGAGGAGGACAUUCGUGGCAUGAAACGUCAGGAUGUGAUCAAGAAGAUUGUGCAUUCAAAUUUCACCUGGAUGCCAACUAAGCAAGAUCUCCAAGCGAAGCCAGCAAUCCAGGAACGGCCACUUCUUUAUGCUACAAUAUCAACGAAUAAUCAAAUUACUCCACCUCAUUCCCCACCUCCAGCAACAAAGCCAACUUUCUCCAAUUAUGCAUCGCUUACUUCGCGAUUUGUGGACAUAUCCGAUAUGGAUAUGGAAACGCCUGGAUCAGCACAACCACCAUCCAAUAGACAGGAAGUGGGAUCUGUAGUCAGCGUGCGUGUCCAGCAGCAACCACAACAAAUCCAAAAUCCCAAAGUGCCACCGCCCCCUUCGGCUGUUAGGGCGAACAACACAUAUGGUUAUCCGGCCGCUAUAGAUCCACGUCACGUGCGAUCUUCUGCUGCUGUUGCGCCUCCUGUAAAGGCAACUAAUGAGACGUUUGCGACAAUAGCUCCACAACGAAAAGCAGGAACAAUGCGUGUUGCUCCGCCUGCGCCUCCAAAGCCAACAAUAUUACCUAAUUCCAACCCAAUCAUGGCUUCCUCAGUUCAGUAUGCGACUAAACCCCCCACACCAGCGCCACUUUUGGUCAAACCAACUUUGACCCCAACACCAGCUCCAAUUCGGGUAAAACCAAAUCCCUCAAUUGGAGCAAUACCUCCUCCGCCGCCUCCAAUGCAAAAUGCAAAUGCUUCACGCGGCCAAGUACCUAUUCCGCCGCCACCGCCACCUCCUGCACCAGCUGCAUUGAGUGGUAUGGCGCCUCCUCCCCCACCGCCACCACCAAAUGUUGGAUCUGCACAAAUUCCAAUUCAAAAGUCUGAGCCUACAAAAGCUACACCAGUAGCUGCCUCCACAGGUGACAAUCGGGAUGCUUUUCUGGAAAGUAUCCGCAAAGGAGUUACACUUAAGAAAGUCGACCAGAAAGCAGCCACUAUUAGUGGUAUCAAACCACGAGCAGAACGAAAACCACCAACUACUGAUUUCCUAAGCGAAUUAAAACUUGGCAUUACACUGAGACGAGUUAAAAAUCCAGCUGAUAACCCGUAUUCCGAGGCCAAUACGGAUGAAUCCCAAGCUUGAGCGGUUAAAUUUCAAACUCCUACAUGUAUGCAACACUGUCAAGUUUAGCGUUGCCAGACUGCUGGGUAAAACUGAGACAAUUUUUUAAAAAUAAAUAUUUAGAUUAAGCGUAAAUGACAAUAUGAUUAUAUCAAUAAUAUGUUAAUAAAUAUGCCUAGGCAAGAUA